AUGGCGAUAUUCGUCAGCUCUAGAAAUGUACCCAUAGGGUAUAGCACACCAGAGUUUCCCUCAGUGUUUUGGCCUAUUGGGACCACAAGACCAUCAUAUUUGAAGUCGUUUCUAUACUACUCGUGGGAUAUCUGGAGAUUCACAGUAUUCUGGUCAUUGCUACUUUCUGGCGGUCUUUACUUUUGCGUUGGUGUAUUAUCAUGUUUAAAUAGUAUACUCAACAGUUACAGACACAAAACACUUCACAGUUUCAAGGUAUUCACUUGUGUAUUCAUCUUAGUUUUUUACGUCUUCACUGGGUUACUUAAAGGGUUUAUCGGAGGAGCAAUUGUUGGUGUUAUCCUUGCUGCUAUUUACCAGGCUGGAAAUUUGACCAUGAGUUGUUGGAUUCCAUUGACAUGGGCAAUUGCGCAAAUAUUGUAUGAUAUUGCAUCAUCGUAUCUGAUUAGUUCAAUCAUUUUGUAA